AUGGCCGACAUCAAGUCUUUGAAAGUGACGGAGCUGAAGGAGGAGUUGAAGAAACGGGGCCUCGUCACGACAGGCCUCAAGAAGGACGUUGCAGCACCCAAAGCCGCGUCCAACAUCAGUGCACACGGUGCAGGUCUCGUGGAGCGCCUCGAGGCCGCCAUUGCGGCCGAGCCAUCAGAGCAACAACCUCCACCUCCACAGCCGGCUGAGCCUCCUGCUGUCCCUGCAGCCCCAGAACCUGCGUCGACUACGACAGAACCUCCUCAACCUCAGUCAUUGCCGCAAGAGGCAGCGAAGCCGUCACAGCAGCCAGUAGAAGCUCCAACAGAGCCCGUCAAGCCUGAGGAGCCCCCUACUGCUCCCCCUGCCGCCGUUCCUGUCGAGCCCUCACCAGCACCUGUCGCUAAGGAGGACCCCACACCAGUCCAGGAGCAGCGACCGCCAUCACCCCCACCCGAGGACAUCCAGGUGGACGAGGAGCCCCCGAAGCCUCCUCCUGCAGAGGCACAGCCUGCAGCGCCCAUCGAAGUCGACAGUAAGCCCGCAGAGCCGACACGCAAAUCGCCGUCGCCAGCCCGCUCCGACCGAGAGGGAACCCCGCCUCCCCCGUCGCGCAAGGAGAAAGCCGAAGCGAUGGACAUAGACGACGCUCCCUCUUCCUCUUCCUCCGGCCCGCGCCCUUCGUCGGCAUUAUACAUCACAGGCCUGCGACGACCACUACAAGCAACAGCUUUGGCGUCCUACCUCUCCUCGCAGACGGGCACGGGAAGCUCGGACGACGACUACGACCCGCCCGCCAUAAAGGGUUCGCCGCCCUUCGUCUCGCCCUCCUGCCCCAACCUCUGGCUGAGCGGGAUCAAGGACCACGCGUACUACCGUACCUGGUCCAUCAGCGCCGCGUCCGCGAUCAAGGCCGCCGUGGACGGGAAGAAGUGGCCCGAGGGCGACGUGAAUGCCGGCACGCUGCAUGUCGAGUUCAUCCCGGACGCUAAAGUCAAUGACUUCGCACAGCAAGAAGAGGACGGAUGGCGCAACGGAAGGCAGAGGUUCGAGCUCGUCCAGGACCAAGAGGGGUGUCGGCUCCAGCCGUUUGGGAAGCUGAAGACAGGCCCGCCGCCGCCCGAGCCCGCUGGUGCUGCUAGGGGCCUGUUGGGCCGUCUCGGCGAGAGAAUGGGUCCGGCAGGUCGGCCGCCCCGCGGAGGCGUCAAUACCGUCCCGAUCAGGGGGAGGGGAGGCGGUCCCGGCGGCCCGAUGCGGUGGACGCGCGCGCGGCCGAGUCUGUCCUGGUCGACGGGGCCGAGAGCCUAG